AUGGGCGCCGAGAAUGCUCACAACACUCCGAAACACCGUCCAGGAGGUCAAUAUAUAUGUCCUGAUCCAACGAUUAACCAAAUAGACCCAGAUACACAACAGUAUCGAGGUUGCAUAAAGGGAAAAUUAGUUCCAUCUGAAGGCGAAGCUGAUGUGAUAUGCAAAGCAGCAGAUGGCAUUAUCUGUAAUGAAACAAAAAAUUCAACAUUUAGUAAGAAGUUGCCCUGUAAAUGGACAAACGGCUAUUCACUCGAAAUAGCUCUGUUACUAUCGGUCUUCUUGGGAAUGUUUGGUCUGGACAGAUUCUAUUUGGGAUAUCCUGGUAUUGGUCUAGCUAAAUUGUGCACGCUAGGAUUUAUGUUUCUAGGUCAACUCCUAGAUAUAAUUUUAAUUGCAGCACAGGUUGUAGGACCGUCAGAUGGAUCUGCAUUUGUUAUACCCUACUAUGGAGCAGGAGUAACAGUUGUCAGAAGCGAUAAUGAAACUUACCUACUUCCUCAGGCAGAUUGGCAUAACAUCACC